GGCGGAGGCGCUCCUUACCUGCUCCCGGCCGAAGCUGCUGAGGUGCCUCAGUCCACCGAUACAUGAUUUUCUGCCGUUUCUUGGCAAAAAUGGCAACUGGUGAUGCUGUUCUGAAGAGAUUGGAGCAGAAGGGCGCAGAAGCAGAUCAAAUUAUUGAAUAUCUUAAGCAGCAAGUUGCUCUUCUUAAGGAGAAAGCAAUUUUGCAGGCAACUUUGAGAGAAGAGAAGAAACUUCGAGUUGAAAAUGCUAAAUUGAAGAAAGAAAUUGAAGGAUUGAAACAAGAGCUAAUUAAGGCAGAAAUUCAAAAUGGAGUAAAACAAAUACCAUUUCCAUCUGGUACUCCACUAAAAAUGGAUUCUACAGUUUCUGAAAAUGAGAUACAAUCUAUACCAAUAACAACCGUAUCUUCUGGUGCUAAAGAGCAAGUAAAAGGAGGAGGAGAAGAAGAAAAGAAGAUGAAAGAGAAAGCUGAAAAGAAAGGAGAGAAAAAGGAGAAAAAACAGCAACCAGUAGCAGGAAGCGCUGACUCUAAGCCUGUUGAUGUUUCCCGUCUGGAUCUUCGAAUUGGUUGUAUCAUCACUGCCAGAAAACACCCUGAUGCAGAUUCUUUGUAUGUAGAAGAAGUAGAUGUUGGAGAAACAGCCCCAAGAACGGUGGUCAGUGGCCUGGUGAAUCAUGUUCCUCUUGAACAGAUGCAAAAUCGGAUGGUGGUUUUACUUUGUAACCUGAAACCUGCAAAGAUGAGGGGAAUAGUAUCUCAGGCAAUGGUGAUGUGUGCAAGUUCACCAGAGAAAGUGGAAAUCUUGGCACCUCCUGAUGGAUCUGUUCCUGGGGACAGAAUUACUUUUGAUGCUUUCCCUGGAGAGCCCGACAAGGAGCUGAAUCCUAAGAAGAAGAUUUGGGAGCAGAUCCAGCCUGAUCUUUACACUAAUGAUGUAUGCGUGGCUACAUACAAAGGUGCUCCCUUUGAGGUGAAAGGAAAGGGAGUGUGUAGGGCUCAAACUAUGGCCAACAGUGGAAUAAAAUAAAAACACUUCAGUUUCUGAAAUAACAUUAGAGAAAACAAUAAAAAGAAAUAACAUUUGUCACUCAUAGCUAAAAUACGACUGGCUCAUUUUUGUGGUUAUUUCUCUUCUAGAUUUGAGUAGUCUUUUAUCUAAUAUGUAUUGUUUUCCGUUGACUAGAGAAACACUACAUUUAUACCUGUAGGUUUUGAGCCUACAAGGAGGAAUUUGCCUGUUUCAUGCUGAUUGAUUGUUCAGUGAUUGUGUUGGCUAGCACAUUGCUUUUUCUUUAUACAUUUAGAAAACUUCAGAUUAACAUUUAGUUUCUCAUUUGUAGGCACAUGUUGCUUGCAAUUUGAAGCCCUCUUUUAGUAUCUUUAUUAUAAAUGUCUUCUCUUUAAAAAGACAAGUUAAAAUUUCUGUCAGGCUUAUUAACUAAUCAUAUUGUAAUGGUAUUGAAGAUGACCAUCUGUUGAUUCUAAAGAGCCAAAAGCUAGGAUACGUGGCAUUUGAACAUUGUUGUUAUUGUUUGCCAGAGUAACCCAGAUUUGUAUACUUACAGUGAUUUUUUUUUUAAAAGACUGAAACUUCCAACUGUGUAGUGAACUUAUUUUUUGCAUCUAACAACAUAAUAAAUAAUAAUAGUAAUAAAUCUUGACUGUCUA